CAGCCCAGCGCGGGGACCUCGGAGGUCCGCCCGGCCUGCAGCCGCCUCCCCUCCUUGAUGGCUCCUUUCGGGAACAGCCUGCUUCUUCUCCUCCUCUUGGCGUCUUCCUGUGCCAGCUCCAGGGCCCAGUUCUUUGACUGGUGGACGGGGCAGGCCUCGGCCCCCACGGCGGGGCCCCCGGCCCCCCCGGGACCUCGGGUCGGGAGCGACGCCUUCCCGGCAGCCAGCGCCACCCCGGCGGCCCGGAUCGGCACCCCGGGCCCUCCCCCCGAGGAGCACACGGAGCCCGGGGCGUGGGCCGAGCCGGCCUCAGAGACGAAUGCGAGCGGCCCCGUCGCCCCCUCGCAGGCGGCCCCCGGGAGGACGGACCCCCGAGAGGAGAACCUCGCCGGCGUCGGGGCCAAGAUCCUUACCGUCGCCCAGGGCAUCCGCAGCCUCGUUCAGUUUUGGGACGAGAAAGCCGGCGCCGAGAGCUCCGGGGCCGCCUCCCCCACGGCCCUCCCCACCACGAUCCCCGGCACGGCCAGCCCCGGGCGCGUGGACGCCGAUGCCGCGGGAGACGCUUCCAGCCCGAUGGCCGCCGGCCGGCCGGACCCUUCGGGGCACGGGCCCCCCCCCCCCCCCACCCCAGGUAGCCCUGCGUUUCCUCUCGUCCCAGAGGCCCUCCCUCCCGCCACCCCGGAGACUCCCUCUGACCUGGCCCGGCCAGAGAGAGGCCUCGGACCCUCCGACGCCUGGAGGCAUCCCCCGAGAGGGCCGCCCGGGCUGGGCCCUGGGGCCCGGCUCUCCUCUCCUCCGCUGGUGGGGGCUUCGGGCGAGGGGCUCUCCGGUGCCCGCCUGGCAGCCGGUGUCCCGGGGCACCGCGGCGCUCCUCUUUCUAACGCACUUCGCUCGGGCUCCGCCGGUGCCGACGCCUCUGACUCGCUCACGGGGGGCCGCCGGGACGUGCCCUUCUCUCGGCCGAGACCGGCUUCGGCCUCGGGUCGCUGCUCGCCCCUGCCGGCCCGCUGGCCCUUCUGCCGCCGCCUGGGCGCCGAGCGCUUCUGGCUGCCCAAUCGUGCCCGCCACGACAGUGCCCGGGAGGUGUGGGCAGCCCUGCGGGGGUGGGAGGGGCUGCUGCGCUCGCGCUGCCACCGCUUCCUGGAGGGCUUCCUCUGUCUGCUGCUCGUGCCGCCCUGUGACGCCUCCAACGCCUCGGCGGCGCCGCCACCGUGCCGGGAGUUCUGUGAGGGCGUCCGAGACGCGUGCUGGAGCCGCCUGCGCCGGGGCCGGCUGCCCGUGCCCUGCUCCUCGCUCCCGGCCCGCGGGGAUGCCCAGCACGCCUGCGUGUUUAUCGACGUGUCCGCAGAAAACCUCAGCGCCGAAGUGAGCCUCCCGCAGCUCCUGGGGCAGCCGCCGCCCCGGCACGUGUCGCAGGUCUACGACCCCGACAGCGGCCUCGCCUAUGUCUUCGGGCCCGACGCCAACAGCGGGCAGGUGGCUCGCUACCACGUGCCCAACCCCUUCUACCGGGACUUCUCGCUGCUCUUCCACGUCAAGCCCACCAGCGAGCGGGCCGGCGUGCUGCUGGCGCUCACCGACGCCGCCCAGGCCCGCGUCUCCAUGGGCGUGAAGCUCUCGGCGCCGCACGGCGGCAAGCAGGACAUCCUCCUCCUCUACACGGAGCCCGGCGAGGCCCGGACACGCACGGCCGCCAGCUUCAGCCUGCCGCCCUUCGUCCACCAGUGGACGCGCUUCGCCCUCAGCGUGGACGGCGACGAGGUCGUCCUCUACGUGAACUGCAACGAGGUCCAGAGGCUCCCCCUGGAGAGGUCUCCCCGCGAGCUCGAGCUGGAGCCCGGCGCCGGCCUCUUCGUGGCCCAGGCCGGAGGAGCCGACCCCGACAAGUUCCAGAGAGGUCCCCGUUCUCGGGAAGGUCUAGGUGUUCUCUACAACGUGGUUGGCCCCGUCCAGGCUCACCACCUGAGCCACAUCUCUGGGAAGCCCCCUGGAACUUCCCACGUCUCGGGACCAGGCCACAACGGGGUGGCUCUUCACGGAAGUGGACCGACGUGCUCGGACGACGACGGCCAUGAGUGUUUGGCUCGGAAGAGUACCAACGGCAGCGAGCAAGCCGAGAUAGCACGUCUGCUGCGUGGCGCUGAGCCCCGGCUCUCACACGACCGGGGCCCCUUGUCUCUUUCGGCUCUCUUCAACUUCUUGGCUUUUGGGGUGGGGCUGGCUGGGAGUGCGGCGGUGUUAUGGGAGAUGCGUGAUGACGGGGCCGUGCCAUCAUGGGGCAUCUAUCCAGGUGGCCCAACGGGUAGAGAUCCAGCACACGCCGUGACGCCCAUCGGGGAGAUCAAGGAGCCUGUGGGGACGUCCAAGUCCCCCCUUCCAGCUUCUCGAACACAAUCGGGCGAGAAUUCCCGUGAAGGCGCUGCUGCUCCGGCUGGGCGCGGGUGGUGGCAGCGCGAGGCGGAGGCCGCAGGGAGCUUCCAUGUGAAUCCACGACGCCCCCGGCAGCCUGGGGCCACGGUGCGAAAUCUGCCCCUGCAGCUGUCCUCCGAGGGCGCCCUCUCCUCUGGCCCUUCCGCCGGCUGCCUGGAGCAUCGGCGUCUCUGCGCUGCUCACAAGGCUGAAACCAGGCUGGGCAGGAGGCAUCUGCUGAGCUCCUGGGCCCCCCUUCGGGCCAGCCAGGCACACCCCGGCCCCAGGAGUCCAGGCACACCUGGAGGCGGCUCGUCUUCCUUUCUGAGGGCUCCUAAGCUGCCCCCCAAGAACUCGUCUUGGGCUUCUGUGCCCAAAGGGAGGCAGGCGAGUGGAACGCUGCAUCUUCGAGGAAGCCUGGAGGGCUCUUUGGGGCUGCCCCUUCCUGUAUCAGCAGGCUGGAAGCGCCUCGAACUCAAGGCUCAGAUGGCUGGGAAUCGGGGAGCGCCAGGCCUCUGGGGAGGUGGGAUGGCAGGCGAGCCCCGGGCGAUGGAGAAGACCAUGGAGGACGACACGGGGCCGCCUGGACCACUCCGGGCUCCCCUGAGGAAUGCCUGCAGAGGGCCUGGAGAGGGAGGCCGGCUGGCCGUUCAGUAA